UCAUGUUCUCAAUCCAAAUGCAUGAAUCAUUUUUCAGCUCCACCUUUUGUCCACGGAAAGACCAAGACUCAAAAAAAGAAACACAAAGAAGAAAAAGAUACAAAUAUCUACUAACUCUGUUGUAGUUCCAUCCACACUCUCAAGUCUCAACACCCAACUCAACUUGCUUCUCAGGUGAACAAGUUGAAUUCCACUCCCAACUUUCUCUCUUCCUUCACUGGAAAACCCUAACCCUUUCGUUCCUCCUUCUGCAUUGUCACAUCACCGGAUCUGCAACCAAUGCGCCGGUAGCUUCUUCCCGUCAUGUCCGACAACCGCCACCGCCCGAGUCCUUCACCACCGGCAAUGCCGCCUUCUUCCUGGGCCAAGAAAACCGGCUUCAGGCCCAAAUUCUCCGGUGAGACCAAUGCCGCUCAUUCCGGCCAGAUAACCGGACCUCAGCCCAAGCCCAGAGAAUCCCAACCCGUCCCUGAUCUUGAAAUGGGUCGGGUUCGCCCGCCCCCAAACGGAGUCGCACAGGGCCAAAAGGUUCCGGUUCCCGCUAAGGACCAGAGUGUAAAGAAGCGGAGGGAUUCUGACGGCGUUCCCAGCACCAACGGCCAGGCAACUCCGGCGGCGGCGGUGGUGGAGGAGCCGUCGCAGCCGCGGAGGACGGCGAGGCAUGAGGAAUUGGUGGAAGGUUUAACGGUGGAUGAUGAAGGGUUUGCGUCCAGGCACUUGCAUAUGAAGUACGAGCUCAGAGAUUCACCUGGUUUAGUUCCCAUUGGUGUGUAUGGUAUGCAGCAUUACGUUUCGAUGUUAGGUUCGUUGAUUCUCAUUCCACUUGUUAUUGUUCCUGCCAUGGGAGGAACUCAUGAGGAAACUGCUAUGGUGGUAUCGACCGUGCUCUUUGUCUCGGGGGUGACUACACUCUUGCAUAUAAAUUUUGGGUCCAGGUUGCCCUUAAUACAAGGCCCUUCUUUCGUUUAUUUGGCGCCGGCUCUGGCUAUUAUCAACUCCCCUGAGUUUCAAGCAUUAAAAGAAAAUAAAUUCAGGCAUAUAAUGAAGGAGCUGCAGGGAGCUAUAAUUAUUGGAUCAGCUUUUCAAGCUUUACUUGGAUAUUCUGGACUUAUGUCGCUUUUAGUAAGAUUGAUCAAUCCAGUUGUUGUAGCCCCGACUAUUGCUGCAGUUGGACUUUCGUUUUACAGUUAUGGUUUUCCAUUAGUGGGUACAUGUAUUGAGAUCGGUGCAGUACAGAUAUUAGUGGUCAUUGUUUUUUCACUUUAUCUUCGCAAGAUAUCGGUUCUUGGACAUCGCAUAUUUCUAGUAUAUGCGGUUCCUUUGGGUCUAGCAAUUACAUGGGCAUUUGCUUUCUUGCUGACUGAAGCAGGAAUAUACAGUCACAAAGGAUGUGAUAUAAAUGUACCUGCAUCCAAUAUGGUUUCAGAGCACUGCAGAAAGCAUUUUUCAAGGAUGAUCCAUUGUCGGGUGGAUACUAGUCAGGCAUUGAAAUCCUCUCCAUGGUUUAGAUUUCCAUAUCCACUACAAUGGGGUGCCCCUCUCUUCAACUGGAAAAUGUCUCUUGUAAUGUGUGUGGUUUCCUUAAUCUCAUCUGUGGAUUCGGUUGGGUCAUACCAUGCAUCUUCAUUAUUGGUAGCAUCCAGACCUCCAACUCCAGGAGUUCUUAGUCGAGGAAUUGGUUUGGAAGGUCUUUCUAGUGUCUUGGCUGGUCUCUGGGGAACUGGAACUGGGUCUACAACUUUAACUGAAAAUGUUCACACAAUUGCGGUGACUAAAAUGGGAAGCCGCAGGGCAGUUCAACUGGGUGCAUGCUUUCUGAUAGUGUUGUCUCUUGUGGGUAAGGUUGGAGGGUUCAUUGCUUCAAUUCCUGAAGUCAUGGUUGCUGGUCUCCUUUGCUUUAUGUGGGCAAUGCUCACAGCUUUGGGCUUGUCAAAUCUACGCUACAGUGAGGCUGGAAGCUCUCGCAAUAUCAUCAUAGUUGGGUUAUCAUUGUUCUUCUCUCUUUCGGUGCCUGCUUACUUUCAACAAUACGACAUCUCUCCAAAUUCCAACUUGUCUGUGCCUAGUUACUUUCAGCCCUACAUUGUAGCUUCUCACGGGCCUUUCCACUGCAAAUAUGGAGGGUUGAACUAUGUCUUGAACACGCUUCUUUCACUACACAUGGUGAUAGCGUUUCUUGUUGCUUUUAUCCUGGAUAAUACUGUACCUGGCGGUCGGCAGGAACGUGGGGUAUACGUUUGGUCCGAAUCUGAGGUUGCUAAAAGAGAGCCUGCUGUUGCCAGUGACUACGAAUUGCCCUUAGGAGUUGGUCGGAUUUUCAGAUGGGUGAAGUGGGUUGGCCUCUGAACUGGGGCUUCUUGGUUGACAUUUUCACUUCAUUAAAUAUCCUUAUCUGCUCAAGAGGCACUCUAAUUUGACAUGUCUUGGGCUCUAUGAUAUUGAUAGUAGUAUUAGGUCAUGUUACACAGUAAAUUUGUACACAUUGGGGGAAUCAUAGGGGUCUAUUUUUGUUGUAAUUUUUUAGAUUUACCACGUAUCUAGUUUUGAUUCAUUCUAAAUCUCCACCUAGAUUUCUUUUUGCUUUAUUGGCGAGGACUUGCCAAUCAUUUUGAAUGUAUAUAUGUUUUUUUUUGGGCAGUUUUAUCUAGCUUCAUUGUAUUCAUAGAUGUAACAAGCUAUGUAUAAUAUUCAGUUGUCCCGUGUGGGUUGUAGAAUCUAUAGCAUUUCUUGUCGGUACACUCAUGAACGAAAUUAAUGGCAGUGUUCCGACCAAGAGUAAUCAUGUUCUA